AUGCAGUUUUUUUGUAAAUUGAAUUUUUUUUUCCGCGGUUUCUUUUUCCGAUCUAACCCCUCGUUAACAAAGUUUGUCCAAUUGGAGUAGCCGUAGAUUGUUCGUAGCAGAUUUACUGUAUCCCCCCGCCCCCAUGAUAAAUACGACUUUCAACCCGCUCUACUCAAUUUCCCUGAAUUAUGUAUUAUUUGAAUUUUCGUGUCCGUUUGACCUCGUCUCGGUGCACGUUGAAGCUUCUCGGCCUCGCUGUGUUUAGCUUUGUUAGCUGGACGCUAAGAGACGGGUUUGUUCGCAACACAUCGGUCAGCAGAGAGCGAGUGUGACGGUAAAGUGUUGCUAUUUCGUGUGAAAAUGUGUGCAAGCACGACAGCAGAGUUCGAGGAGAACCUCUAUGGCCCUAAAGAAGAGAGCGAGCCACAAAGUAAAUCCCUGGACGGAGUUUACAAGAUGCAGACUCGAAUUGGAUUUCGAACAGCAGCCAUCAGUGAAGAUGUUCGUCCUGACCAGCAGAGGCCAGAGCACUCCUGCAUUGAAAAAGAGGAAGAGCACUGCCUCAUCAGACACAAGAGGGAUAUCACUAAGUUGCCAUCAACUAGUGUCCCUUUGAAAACUGAAGAUGAAUGUCCAAGUGUGAAGAGCAGAGGUGCGGAGCCUCCUACCAGUUUUGGCAGUCAACAUGUGACAACAGACGCUGAUGGCGAACACUGUGAAAGAUCACAAGCAGAUGGCCUUUUGGCUCCAAUAUCAGAUAGUGAGGACACGUCACACACGCCUCACACUGAUGAUGAUGAUGAAGAUGAUGAUUAUGAUGAUGAAGUAGUGUCUGAAGGUCACAUUGGAGACAAACGCUGGAAAUGUUCUGAGUGUGGGAAAAUGUUUGGCUACAAGUCUAUUUUGAAAAGGCAUAUGAUGAGCCACACUGGAGAGAAACCUUAUGCCUGCUCAUAUUGUGAUAAAAGAUAUGCUGACAAAGGAUACUUAAAAAUACACUCAAGAAAACACACUGGUGAGAAACCAUUUGAAUGCCUAGUUUGUGGUCAAAUGUUCACACGAAAAGGGGAUUUAAAAAUACAUACAAGAACACACACUGGUGAGAAACCUUUUGCCUGCUUAGAUUGUGGUCAAAAAUUUGCUCAAGAGGGACAUUUAAAAAGACACACAAGAACGCACACUGGUGAAAAACCUUUUUUCUGCUCUGUUUGUGGUCAAAGGUUCACACAAGAGGGAAGUUUAAAAAGACACACAAGAAUCCACACCGGUGAGAAACCUUUUGUCUGCUCAGAUUGCGGUCAAAGAUUCACUCAAGAGGGAAGCUUAAAAAUACACACAAGAACACACACUGGAGAGAAAUAUUAUGUCUGCUCAGAUUGUGGUCAGAGAUUCUCCCGAAAAUCAAGCUUACAAAUACACACAAGAACACACACUGGAGAGAAACCUUUUGCCUGCUCAAUUUGCGGUACAAGAUUCUCUGAAAAGAGAAACUUAAGACGCCACACAGGAAUGCACACUGGUGAGAAACCUUUUGCUUGUUCAGUUUGUGGCCAAAGAUUUACUGUGAAGGGAUAUUUGAAAAUACAUACAAGAAAACACACUGGUGAGAAACCUUUUGCCUGCUCAGUUUGUGGCCAAAGAUUUACGACAAAGGGUUAUUUGAAAAUACACACUCGAACACAUUCUGGUGAGAAACCUUUUGCCUGCCCAGUUUGUGGGAAAAGAUUCUCUAAAAAGGGAAGCUUGACAACUCACUCAAAAUCACACUGAACAGAAGUCUUUUUUUAGCUCAGAUUUUGGCCAAAGAUUUCUCAUAAGGUUCAGCCCAAGACACAAGUGUUCUGGUGAGAGUAGCAGUGAUCAGGAAGCUUUAAAUAAAUAUGUAAAUAUUUAAUAUUACAAGUAAGUGUCAUCAUACAAAACUGUCGAUUUGUAUAUUAUAUCUAGCAUCCUUAAUAAUCCUACUUGUAGUCUUUGAAAAGCCUCAUGUUGAUAGACUUUGGAAGUUAGUACUGGUGCUCAAAUACUUUCUUGAACUGACUUUUAAGAGAA